AAAAUACAGAAAUCUUCCCUAUUCUGUAGGUCACCCCUCUCAUCCAUAAAUCCACUUCGUGCAUCGUCCUUUUGGUUGCUUCAGGUCCGUGGAUGUGCCCAUAUGAGCUCGGGUGGGCUUAGGUCAAAUUAGUUCAUUGUGGUUCAUUGGCAAUCUCCCUACUCAUCUCUGGUAUAAAUAGUCUCAUAAACGCAUAUUUUACACCAUUGUUCCAUGGUUAUCGAUCAAGCGGACCAAAAUACGUUAAAAUUUUACCGAAAAAUGUUUGAAAUCAUCGUCUGCCAUGGAACUUUGUAUAUUAGAUAGGAAAUCUGCAUACCGCAAAAUUGAAACAGAUAUACAAAAUAUUCGAAUAAUUCUAACCGUAGUUUAAAAUAUAUACAAUAAUUUCUAUAUAUUUGAUAAAUCCGUUAAAAACUCUUAUAUUACAUGAUCACGUUCUCACACACAUAAAACCUACAUGUACACAUACGCACAUGCAUACACUAUACAAUAUACGUGUACACAGUAUGCAUGCAUGCAAUAAUGUAACGCGUAUGUGUCAGAAGAUCUCUGUGUCUGUUUUGUGCAUAUACGUAUAUACGCAUGCAUAUAUACAUAUAUGUGUAGUAUAUACAACAACCACAGUUUGGGCCGUGUUCUGCUCUCUCAUAGUGACACCGUUAAUGCAUCGUAUGAAAUUCUAGCGAACUGCGUUUAAAAGAAAGUGGAGAUUGAUGUGGGUGUGCGUAUUCGUGUACGCUGGAGCUGGAAGGAAGGUAGCUGCACAAGUGAAAGGGUGAUGGCAAGGAGAAGGAGGAGCGGAGGUGUUUUACAGUGAUUUUUAACAAAUGGCGCUGUCCGAGGUGCAUAAUUUGGCCACGAUUAUAGCCAACAAUGGUUUCACUGUUAACAAGAAUAACAUGGUUGAACGCAACAUCAACAUGUUGGAACCACGAAAUAACUGUUCACCCAACAGGUGCAAUACUGAAUACAAGUACUGGAACCAUGACUUAAUGGGAUGCAAUUCACAGAAAAAUAUGAACAUGGAAGACGAAGAUAAUCAGGAUUUAAACAAUCCUAUGGUAAACGAUUUGGUGUCGAAAAUUCUCGACGACGAUUCAAUCGUGGGAGACAACGCUCAUAGCAACAUCUACAACGGGAACAUCCAAUAUCGCCCGGAGACUCAGCCGUACGCGAUGGAGAAUAAAAUGGAGAACAAUCUAGACUCUUCCCUCAGUAUAGAUCGGUUCAACGUACAUUCGACACUGAGCAAACUACAGAAUAACAUUUCUAACUACGCCGAAUUGGAAUGCAGUUACAACAACCUGUGCGGAGAGUUCACAAGGUUGAACCUGAACACAUGCACCUUACCACCAGACCAAGGGAAUUUGUACAAUAUCGGUGGAUAUUCGAAUACCUAUCCAUCUGAUUCACACUCGUACGUCACGCGUCCAAACAACGAGAACUGUGGUAUCGUCAGAAACCCAUUGCCUCUGUGCAACGAUUUGUUAACUACGACGAACAAGACGACGAACGUAGGUAAGCAUUCCAGCGACUGGACAGAAAAUUUAUCGACGUCAGGAUGCGCGCCGGAUUUAUUUGGAAAUUACCAGCAAAUACAAAAUUGCACGAACGCAGAUCUUAAUUUGAACAUGGCUCUAACAUUGGCACUAGAUUCACCGGACCCGGCUGCGCUCAACGAACUGGAGUAUCAGAAUGCGGUGAGGCAAAACGGUACCGUUAACACGUAUAACAAUCCGACGUCAUCGAUGCACGAGUUGUACAGCGUGACUGCCAAUAAUCAGAGUUACAGACCAAGCUCGGCGAUGACCGAUCUGAGCGUCGAUUCCGGCUUCCUCUCCAAUUCUCCGUUACAACAUUUCUCCCCGGGCGACACGAACCUGCAGUGUUGCUUCGGGAACAACAUGCAGCACAGUAACGUGAACGAUUAUAAAGAUUUACACGACUCAAGUAGACUGAGUAUGGGAAAUAUCGCCAUACCGAACGAACAGCUACAAUAUUUGCAGCCAGCUCGUAGUUACAAUUUAAAUCAAGUUGUGGACCAAGAAUAUAAACAGUUGAUCGACUAUUAUCCAGGUGUAAGCGAUUUCACUGCGUCGUCGAUUAAUAAUUUAGACACCAAUGAAAAUUGUCUUAUGAGUAACGAUUAUAGAAUCGAUAGCAAUUUGUUAAAAAUGAUCAGCCCGAAAUCAAAGGCGAUCGAGGCUAAGACGUACUCGCCGAUUGGAUUCCCGAAGAACUUAAGCUCGCGUAACGGCCAUCAGUCAAUUGCAAAAUACGGAUAUCAUAAUUAUCAACAUUACACUGCCAACGACGGCGAGGGGUUGAACGUGAUGCAGCAGAGUUCGACAUCUUAUCACGACCUGAAGCAGCAGCAGCAGCAGCAGCAGCAACAGCAACAGCCUAAUAGCACAAAUACAUAUAAGAUGGAAGGAUUCGACCUUACCAAAGAGAUAGCUUUACCUUCCGUAAGCCAUUUAACUAAUCAAAUCACAGGGUCUCCGAUGAACAAGGAUACAUUCAGUUAUCUUAUAAAGCAUCGGCAUCAGAUGCAGAAGAUACAAAACAAUUCACCCGGUAUUCCAUCCGCUGACGUACUCUUCAAUUCGGGAAUGGUGCAAAACCCGAACGCAGUCAGAUCUGGAGUAUUUCCGCCCGUAAUGCCAGUUCCUGUGCCGGUUCCAGUGCCGCGUUUAUUUUCUGUACUCUACGGUGGAGGUCUCAGCUUGAGAAACGGAAACGGAGUUGCGCGACGCACGGCACCUUCCAGUAUACUGCACUUUAGAUUGGAACAGACUUACGAGCAAUUUAAACAGCUGGAGAAGGAACGAAAGAAGUGCGAAGCUGGAUUGGCCGCUCAUUUUCCUGGCAAGAGGGUGACGAGUGCGAACAACAUACCGAUUCCUCGUCUUCAGGGAAAUCCGUCGCGCGUCGAUCGUUUAAUUAUCGACUACUUAAGGGAACACGCACGCGUCAUUACUUUAAUUGCGAAGAUGGAACGUUUGCGCGGCUCUACGAUGAAUCAACGCGUACACAAAGCUAUGGAAUAUUGGCUGGAAGCUAUAAAGUUUGUUCAAGAAUGCCGGAAACGGGAAAUCGCGAACGCUACUAAACGCCAGAAAGAGAAUCCACCGUGCAUGCUGGUGUAUAACGACAAUGAUAUAUUAACGUUGGCUACCAGUGUCCACGAACUGACGAAGGCUUCCCGAUACGCACGAACCGGUAUGUAUAACGCACUUCAAGCCACUCUAUUGUACGACUCGGACGUAGAGAAAAAGGUCGUAGAGACGUCUAAAGAUCCAGUUCUUGUGAUAAAACGUAAUGAAAGUCAGGUAGCGAGCGACGCGUGCGAUUAUUCGCAGCGUACCUAGCAAGAUUUCGAGAGCCGCUUUUCCAUUUCGUGCAACAACACAAACUCAGCCCAGCAGCUUUUUACUUAAACAAGGAGAAAGAAAUGCGUGUCUCGCUAUACGUUACUAAUGAAACGAAAAGCUUUUGCUGGCAUUUAUCAUAAUUUUAUCGCUGAAACAAAACAAUGCCGCCCAUGUUAAUUGCGAAACUUUCGAAUUAUCGUACGAAAUACUAUAUGCGUGUACCCGUGACGAAAAUUAGGGAAAUCGUAUGCGUAUCUACUUUUUACAAGUUAAUAACGACUCCAUAGUUUUUUACUGUACAUACUUUUAUUCCUAUUAUAGUACAGUCUUUUUGAGAGUGUCAGUUCUCAUAUCCAACACUUGUGAUCCAAUCGUUUUAUCGUAAUAUCACGUUUUACGCGUAUACUUUCAAAGUAAUUUCGCUUGUCUUCGUUAACGACGGAACCGGCGAUAAUUAAGCCUGACUCGUCGCCACUUUUAUCUUUGGAUACGUUGGUUUUGCAUAUUUUCUAAUGCCAAAGAUAAUUAAUUUACAUUAAUCCGAGGAUCCGAUACUCGUAGAGGAAAAACUAACAAAGGCGAAGAUUAGCCGGACGUAUCAUAAAGCAAAGAAAAACAGGAAAAAAAAAACGAAAAAAAAAGAAUAUAUAUAUAUAUAUAUAUAUAAAACGAGAAAAAAGGAACGUUCGCAAGAAUCUCUUAACUAUUAAUCGUUGCGUAUGUGUCAUAGGCUAGAUUAUAUCAUAGGCGAAAUUUUACCAACAUUGUUCUGAACGCUAGACGGUAACUUCUUAGACUAGUUCAAUGUGGCCUUCCUUAAAUGUGUGACCCGAAACGCGUGUGUCAGGUAGUUUCGAUGAAAUAUGUCUCGAAAAAACUUUGAUUACUCCGAAAGCUCGGCGUCUGACGGUGGCAGACUUAAUCUCAGAUCGGGCGAGCUCCGCGGACCCUCGAAUACGCGCAGCUCUCCGACCUGACCCGUUGCACGACGCAACGUGUGAAAACGUUUCCUCUACUGUAAUAAGCGUUUAUUAAAAAGAGAAAGGUGCUUCAAGCGCGACGUACGCGCGCAGCACGAUAUUCAUGUAUGGGGAGAAAAGAGAACACGUAAUACGACACUGAUCAAUUUCUCUCAGCAACGAGCAAAUUCUAUAUAGAAUUUUUAACGUUGCGUAAACUAUUUCUACACCCACACACGUGAACACAUACUAGGCAAAUCAGUUAGUUGUACGCGUAACAAUCGACUCGCAGAGUUCAGCAUUUCCUCUAUUCGAUAUAUCAAUAUAAAUCCUUUCAACGCUGGACCGACUGUUGCUGGAUUUUACAAACGCGUACGAGUUCUUAUUCUAAUUUAAUAAGCGACCAGAUCGCAUGGUUCAAGUCCACACGAUUUUUCAAAGAACCAUCGUUUCGUUCUACGUUUUUCAGAGGGUUGAACACAGCGAUCGUCGCCUUUAUAUUCCUAUCGAAACUAUGAAACUGGUAUUUGCACAACGAGGAAAGGGGUUACUCACCCCCGCGUUAAGGAGACAGAGAAAAUAUCUGUACAUACGGUAUCGUUCGCUUAGGGUUGACUAGAGAACUUUAAUGAUAGGAUAGAUGGAAACAGAGUUUUAGGUGGAACCGUGUUAUUUAGUUGAUCGUCUAUAGUCUAUAUUAUACUUGUUACAGUUGCCAGAUCGAUGGUGAAGCUUUCAUAUACAUAAUCUUUCCAUAUAGUCCACUUCCAUCCAAGUUACGCACGCAACGAUUUCCAAUGACAAAUAAGUCCAGUGAAAUAUUCAAAUUUCAUCUAACAUGUAAUUUUCUCUACUUCUAUUCUAUUCUUCGUUUUAGCUUUUAUGAAAUUCAGCUUCUUUUUUUAAUUGCAUCGACGAAUUCUUGAUUUAGAAUAAAAUUCCAGUGUUAAUUAUGUAUAUCGGAAGUGUUUAGGCGUUCCUGUAUCUCGUCAAUGAGAAUCAUGUUUUCACACUUGCUGUAUGCAUUAAUCGGUCAUAUGGACAAGCUUUUAUGAGAGAAGUUUGAUGCUAUGGAAGGAAGAUGCAAGAUUCUUUGCCUGACAUGGAGUUUUCGAUUAUAUUCAUCUAUACAGUGGCCCUCAUUAAUAUUUAGACACGUUUCAGAAUAGAAUAACGUCUUAAUAUAUGACUAAUCAAUUUAAUUCUUUUGGGAGACUUAGUUUCUUAAUGUGUAAAAAAAUUGUUUAAAAUUGCACUUAGUUAGAGUUAUAAAGUAUAAUUAUUGGUGUAACUUUUUUAGUA